AAAGGCUGUCUCGGCAAGCCUGGAGAACUCAGAAAGAAACGAAAUCGUGCAGGUGAGGCUGUGAAAGCCAGAAUUAGUCGUAUAGACCAAUUAUUGCUAGAACAAUGUACUGACAUAGUGAAAUUAACAGCCAGCAAGGAUGGCUUGAACAUGGAUAUGGAUAAUCUAAAACGCUUUUAUAACGAAAUAUCUGAUUUAUUAAUGCUUAAUUCGGAUAAUGAAUUUCCUAAUGAAGACCAUGAAUAUUUUGAUCGUAUUUGUGAUAAUUACUUGGACUGUUGUGCAGAUGUUAAGACAAAAAUUAAUGAUUUAACACAAGAAAGAUUUGAAAUGCUGACACAAAGAUCUCACAAAUCUAGUACAAAGAGCUCUAUCUCUAAAUUAUCCAAAGUCUCUUCAAUAUCAUCGAGACAAGCUGCAGCAAAUGCCGCAGGACUUAAGCAAAGGAUGACUAGCCUGAUAAGGCAGCAAGAAUUGGAGAGAAAGAAAGAAGAAUUACAACUUCUUCAAAGAGAGUUGGAACGACAAGGAGAGCAAGAAAGGCUACAAGGUGAGAUUAAUGCUGUUGUAGCAAUACAUGAUUCACUUGUAGAAGACACAAAGUUAUCUAGCAACAAUUAUCCUAGUAUACUCCCACCUAUCCACAAUCACCCAAGUAUAUCCCCACCUAUCCACGAUCACCCAAGUACACCCCCACCUAUCCACGAUCAUCCAAGUAUACCCCCACCUAUCCACGAUCACCCAAGUAUACCCCCACCCAACCACGAUCACCCAA